GGUCGUGAUGUCCGGACGCGGGAAGCAGGGCGGCAAGGCUCGCGCCAAGGCCAAGACGCGCUCGUCGCGGGCCGGGCUGCAGUUCCCGGUGGGCCGCGUGCACCGGCUGCUCCGCAAGGGCAACUACGCCGAGCGGGUGGGGGCCGGCGCGCCGGUGUACCUGGCGGCCGUGCUGGAGUACCUGACGGCCGAGAUCCUGGAGCUGGCGGGCAACGCGGCCCGCGACAACAAGAAGACGCGCAUCAUCCCGCGCCACCUGCAGCUGGCCAUCCGCAACGACGAGGAGCUCAACAAGCUGCUGGGCCGCGUCACCAUCGCGCAGGGCGGCGUCCUGCCCAACAUCCAGGCCGUGCUGCUGCCCAAGAAGACCGAGAGCCACCACAAGGCCAAAUAAGGAGUAAGGUCGGGGAAGUUGCCAAACAAAGGC